UGGCUGCCAGUUGCUGGAAUUACAGAUACAUCUGUUAUAUGGAAGCAGGAAACCAAACACGACUUUUGGAAUUCAUCCUCCUUGGGCUUUCAGAGGAUCCAGAGCUACAGCCCAUUCUCUUUGCACUCUUCCUUUCCAUGUACCUGGUCACAGUGCUCGGGAACCUGCUCAUCAUCAUGACCAUCAGCUCUGACUCCCACCUCCACACCCCCAUGUACUUUUUCCUCUCCCACCUGUCCUUUGUUGACAUCUGCUUCAGCUCCACUACAGUGCCCAAGAUGCUGGUGAACAUCCAUACAAAGAACAAAACCAUCUCCUACUUGGACUGUCUCAUUCAGAUAUAUUUUUCCAUGAAUUUCCUCCUGGAAACUCUACUCCUAACUGUGAUGGCCUAUGACCAUUUUGUGGCUAUCUGUCACCCACUGCAUUACAUGCUCAUAAUGAAUCCCCGCCUUUGUGGCCUGCUGAUUUUAAUUACUUGGUUUAUUGGCAUCAUGAUAUCUCUCCUCCAUGUUUCUCUGAUGAUGGAUCUCACUUUCUGUAAAGAUCUUGAAAUUCCACAUUUGUUCUGUGAGCUGACCCUUAUUCUCAAGUUGGCCUGCUCUGACAUUUUCUUUAAUAACACAUUGAUCUACAUCAUGACUGGUGUGCUGGGUGUACCCAUCAUUGGGAUCCUUUCCUCCUACUCACAAAUUCUCUCAUCCUUAAGGAAGAUGUCUUCAUGUAAGGGAAAGCAAAAGGCAUUUUCCACCUGUGGGUCUCACUUGUUGGUAGUGUCUUUAUUUUAUGGUACUGGUGUUGGGGUCCACUUCACUUCUGCAGUCAUCCGCUCCUCCCAGCAAGUCUCAGUGGUCUCUGUGAUGUAUACCGUGGUUACCCCAAUGCUCAACCCCUUCAUCUACAGCCUGAGGAAUAAGGAUGUGAAGGAGGCCCUGGGCAGACUCCUGGGCAGAGCAUCCUCUUGUCUGUGAUGUGUCCAUUGGCCUUAUAGCAAGAAAUCUUAUGUUUAUUAAAGGUAGUCAGUAAGAGGAAAGAAAGAAAGAA